GCUGUUUUUCUUAGGAUGGGAUUUUUAUUUCUUACAUAUUAUAAUCAGAACGAUUAAUAGGUUAAUUUAGACAACAACCAGCACAAUAAUCUAUAAUUACUGCUAGUUGCAGCCCUGCUGUAUGUCCAUGGUCAUUAUUAUAUUAGCAGGAGCAUCAUUUUUUUUCUUCUUCCCCUCUCAAUUUUUAGGAUAAACCUGUUUCAUGACCUUUAGUCAUUUUGGCAGCAUUUUUUAUUUUUUAUUGACAUGUGUGGUCAUGCUCUAAACUUUGUAGGAGGUGCAGGUUAUACUUCGACAGGAUCCAGGAAAUCAACCCUUUUCUGAACAGGGUGGCAAAAGACAGGCAAGAGAAUCCUUCCUCCUUAUCUGAUACUUAUACUUUUUUAUGUUUAUUGUGGUCUAAAGCUGCAACGAUUCCUCAACUAGUUGAUUGACAGAAAAUUAAUCAAAAAGCUAUUUUGAUAAUCGGAUAAUUGUUUUAUUCAUAUGUUAAGCAAUUUUACGUCGGAUUAAUUGAUAAUUACAAUAAUAGUUAGUUGACCCUCCGUCCUCUCCCCACGGUGGAAACAUGGCACUGAGCCAUCUGGAAAAGGCUCAGGUAUGGCUCUUCAAGGCAGUCAUGGGAGUCCUCUUCAUGCUGUUUCGCCUCUUCUCCCCUCGGAGACCUGCUGUGCCCGGUAAGAAGCUCCCGCUCAUCAGCAACCCUCUCCUGCUCAUGUCAGCGACGCAGCUUGCCAAGAAGAUUCGGAGAAAAGAGGUGUCAAGUGUGGAGGUGAUGCAGGCUUACAUUGACAGGAUCCAGCAAGUCAAUCCUUAUCUGAAUGCUGUUAUAAAAGACAGGUUUGAUGCUGCUCUCCUAGAGGCGACCCAGGCCGACAAGCAGAUUGAGGAGGAAACUGGAGGAGAGGAGGAGCUGGAGGACGAGCUGGGGGAUCGACUGCCUUUACUGGGAGUCCCACUCUCUGUCAAAGAGGCCUACGCCGUCAAGGGUAUGCCCAACACUACAGGUGUGGUCUCCAGGCGAGGAUUCCCGGCUAUUGUCGACGCUCCUCCGGUGGCCCUGUUGAAGAGAGCGGGGGCCAUCCCGAUGGGCGUCACCAACACCAGUGAGCUGUGUAUGUGGUACGAGUCCCACAACCACCUCUAUGGCAUCACCAACAACCCCUACGACCUGGAGAGGAUGGCAGGAGGAAGUUCAGGUGGGGAGGGCAGUAUACUGGCAGCAGCAGGAUCGGUCAUCGGCAUGGGCUCAGACAUCGGCGGCAGCAUCCGAAUGCCCUGUUUCUUCAACGGAAUAUUUGGCCACAAAACCUCUCCUGGUGUCGUGUCAAAUGAGAACCAUCACCCUCCUGUCACUGGCAGACAUAAAGAGUUCGGCUGCAAUGGUCCCAUGUGCCGCUACGCUGAGGACCUGCUGCCCAUGCUCAAGAUCAUGGCGGGACCCAACGCUCACAUGUUGUCCUUGAACACGAAGGUUGACCUAAAGAAGCUGCGGUUCUUCACCGUCCCUCACGAUGGCGGCUCUCUAUUGGCAUACCCCGUCACCAAAGAGCUCUUGGAGAUUCAGAGGAAGGUGGUGAAGCGUCUGGAGGCCGACCUCGGAGUGGAAGUCCAAGAAGUGCGUUUCCCUGAGCUCCGCUACAGCUACCAGAUUUGGGACACCUACAAAGCUCUUCCUGACAAGGAGGGCAAGCCUCCUCCGGCGUUGGUUGAGCUGCUGGGGGAACCAGGACGACCCAUGCGGCCUCUGUGGGAGCUGCUGAAAUGGAUGGUGGGAAAAUCAGAGCAUACCAUGCCUUCUAUCCGUCGGUCCCUGUUGGAGAUGACCCGUGCGUCCAAACCCUCGGCCUUCAUCAUCCAGCAGAAGGAGAAGCUGCAGAAGAAAGUGGACGAGCUGUUGGGCACCGACGGUGUUUUUCUUUACCCCACGCACCCCAGAGUGGCUCCCAAACACCACCACACGCUCUUCAGACCCUUUGACUCCUGCUACACAGGUAUAAUCAACAUCCUCGGGCUGCCGGUCACACAGUGUCCUCUGGGUCUGGGUGAGGAAGGUCUGCCUCUGGGCCUGCAGGUCGUUGCUGGGAAGCUGCAGGACCAUCUGACCCUCGAGGUGGCUCUCUACCUGGAGAAGACAUUCGGAGGCUGGAGGGAACCCGGGGCCAACUAAAACCACACUCACCCCAAAAUCAACACAAAAUGAAAGUGCCUCAUAGUAGCUUUAGGUAACAGUCAGGACUUGACAGUAAAAAAUGUUUCAACACACUGACAAAACCUCAGUUGAGUGGCAAUGUGAAUAUUGUAUAAUGGCAGUUAAUCAACUGUGGUGCCUGUUUUAUGCUGCAACUUAUUUGUUUCAUUUAAUACAACAAAACAAAAGGUCUGAA